AACAGUUCCACCCAGGCGCUGAUAUAAGGGAGGAGGAGGAGGGACAGGCUAGAACAGACAUCCAGAUGCGUCACUGAAGGUGCAGCUCUACCUGCUGGGCACCAGUUUUGACUCUCGUAGUGUCGCCUCUGCCGUGCAUCAUGGACAAGGGGAACGCCACCGCGGGGUUCAUUCUCCUAGGACUCUUUAACCACACCAGAGCCCACCUGGUCCUCUUCGUGCUGGUUCUGGCUGUGGCCUUCAACUCCGUGGCAGGCAAUGGCCUCCUGCUUCUCCUCAUUCACCAGGACCGCCGGCUUCACUCACCCAUGUACGUUCUCCUGAGCCAGCUCUCCCUCAUGGACCUGAUGCAGGUCUUCACCAUAGUGCCGCAAAUGGCAGCUGCCUAUUUAAUGGGCAAGAAGUCCAUCUCCGUUGCUGGCUGUGGCUUCCAGAUCUUUUUCCUUCUGACGCUGGGUGGUGGCGAGUGCUUCCUCCUGGCGGCCAUGUCCUAUGACCGCUAUGUGGCCAUCUGCCACCCACUGCGCUAUCCAGUUCUCAUGAGCUGGCGUUUGUGCUCGAGACUGACCUUGGGGUCUUGGCUCCUGGGAGCAGCUGACGGAGCCAUGCAGGCUGCUGCCACCCUGAGCUUCCGGUUCUGCCGCCGGAAUGAGAUCGACCACUUCUUUUGUGAGGCCCCUGUGCUGCUGCGCCUGGCUUGUGGUAACACAGAGGCCUUUGAGAUUUUCAUGUACGUCUGCUGUGUGUUGAUGCUUCUGGUGCCCAUCUGCCUCAUCCUGGUGUCGUACGGUCUCAUCUUGGCUGCUGUCCUGCGCAUGCGGUCCACAGAGGCCUGCAAGAAGGCCUUUGCCACCUGCUCCUCGCACUUGGCCGUAGUGGGCCUCUUCUACGGAGCUGCCAUUUUCAUCUACAUGAGGCCCACAUCGUCCAGGUCAGCUACCCACGAUAAGGUCGUAUCGGCCUUCUAUACUAUUGUCACCCCCAUGCUGAACCCCCUCAUUUACAGUCUUCGGAACAACGAGGUCAAGGGCAGCCUGAGGAAGUACGUGGCUUGUUGUGCUGUCCGAACUAGUAAAGAUGCUUUGGUUUGCUUGGACCUUUGCACAAACAGGAAAGGUAUACAGUAGCCCUCAUCACAGAGGUUAUGGUUUCAGGAUACCCAGUGGAUACCUGAAACCACCGAGAAUUCCAAACUCUGUUGUUACGUUUCUUUUCCACCUUAACACUUCUAUCCUGUGGCUUGAACUGGGGACGCCUGAGGAGCCUCAGCAAAGCUAUCACUAAGUUUCCUUGUUCUUCCUCUCAGUUUCACGAACAAAUUUGUUCUCACUGUGGCAAACUCAGCAGACUAUUUCCCCCUUAGUAAGUGGAGAACUUCCGUAGUUUAACUUGGUAAGUCCUUUACAGCUUCUCGUUAACAUACCUAAAUUUCAGUGUCACAACUUUAACACUUUGGGGCAUUAUUGAAUGAAAUAAAGCUCACUAGUACUUGGGCAGCUCCUAAGUGACAGGUGGACGGGUAGUGUAUACAGCAUGGAUACGCUGGCCAAAGCAGAUAUCAGGACUGUAAGUAGUCUGGACAUGCUACUCAGCAGGCAGCACUGUAAGAGGGCGAGUUGAAUAUUUCUGGAAUUUUUCGUUGUUUUUUUGGGUUUGUUUUGUUUUCCAGUUGGCAGCUGCCUGAAGGGGGCUAUGAGUGUGGCAGGAAAAGCCACAAGUAAGGAGGGUGUGCGCACCUUCGCCGGUGUCUUGGUUGUUUUCUGCUUUAUUCUGAGGUUUUGUUAAAACAACAUGGCUGGCAGCUGACUGUGGAGUCACCGCCUUCUCAUUUCAAAGUGAAUUUUCAAAACAAAACAAAAACCAAAAAACUGAAAACCCACAAAUUCUCUGUGAAAAGUUCUCAUGCCCCACCACAGGAGAAUCUUUAUAGCCACAGGGAAGGAAGCCGCCUUGAGGAUUCACUGCCAGUUCAUUUUCAAGUUGGGGUGGCCGAAGCCCAGUUCUCAAGCUGGAGGGCACUCAGCAAGCCUUAUCUUCCAGCCAGUUCUACAGACGUCUCCUCCUGCAGCUGUUAUCAGGAGCUGCGAAAUUCAAAACUGCGCAGAGGUCCCCUGAGCCCUUUCUCAUGGAGCACAUCUGUCCAUGGAGUCCAGCACCAGUCUGAGUCCAUUCCCAUCCUAUACUGUCCCAUCACUGGACACCGAUGACACUCACCUUUCAUGUCUUGUUUUUCUGUGAAGAUUCUCUGCAUCUUCACAUGCUCCAGUAGCUAUUCUUUUAAAUUGAUGUUUCAAAAAAAAAACAAAACACUUAUUCCCUGUUUUGUGAUGGACAUGUGGAUGACCUUCAACCUUUUCUAAUUAUGUUUUCACUUCACUGGGUAGAUGACGGUGAACCUUUUAUCAAGCUGUUGACUUUCGAAUUGCCACAAGCAGUUCAGACAUGGUGCAGAUGCCGGAGGCUUUAUCAGCUCUUUCUGCUCAGGAAGUCUCCCGAGUGUGGCCGCACCUCACUCUGCUGCCUGCGUGUGGUUUCACGGGGGUUAUCGAUAGUGUUUUCAUGUUGACUCACUGCUGGGCUGGGUAUCUUUUUUUGUUAAUUUUGUAUUUCCGUCUUGGAAAAUAAUAAAAAAAUAAAAAUAAAAAUGUUGCUGCUUCCACAGCAAACAACUUGUGAUUCACUCAGAUGCUCAAAGGAGUACUUGGAAUUUUAAAAUAAAACUGUAUGUUAGAAUGUUCUUAUUCAAUGUCUGGAGACUUUUUUUAACUUAAGUGUGUACUUGGAGGCUCCUUUCUAAGUUCUUCCACUUUACUUGACGCAGUGAACCCUGACAGUUAGUUGAGGUAUAGUAUUGCACCUGUUUUAAUUCCAUCAAGAAAUUCAGCCCCUGAAAAACCUAGAAGCUUUUCUAUAAAGAAUAGUGUCAUAAGGUACAACCUUUCGGGUGAAGGAUGAGAGUAGAGUUUAAAAUAAAGCUUCAAACAGAAGUGCACACAUCCCGU